ACAAAAAAAUCGAUAAACUACGGGUUUCAGCACCCGCAUGCAUUUCCGAAACUUACCGACUAAUUUCCGCUUAAUAAUAAUUUCUGCAUAAAAGUGCCAGACAUUGCAAAUAAUUUAUGUACUCUUUGGUGGAAAUGAUUAAGAGCCGCACAUUAAUUACGCUUGCAAAGUUUCAGCAACGGCUGUUGCUGUUUUACGUGGCACUACAGCUGUUAAUCUGGCGAAAUACGUUAGUGGUUGCCGUAAAUGUUGAGCGCAUAAAUCCGUAUGAGAAAAUUUCCGAAAUUCAGUUAAAUGGUCGUUGGUGGAUGGGAGGUGGCGGGCCAAAUAAUCGAAGUCAUUAUGCCUCGGAUGCGGUGCAAGAAAUGUGGCUAACUCAAAAACUGGAUCAUUUUUUGAAAGAAGGAGGACAGACUACCAAUCAGAGCAGAAUUGAAGAGCAGUGGAUGAUGCGUUACCUUGUCAACCGUGAAUUCUAUGAACCGGGUGGCCCCAUGUUCAUAGUGGUGGGCGGUGAAUGGGAAAUACAUCCAUAUCUCUUGAGUGAAGGUCAUUUCUAUGACAUGGCCAGACAACAUAAUUCCAUUAUGUUCUAUACGGAACAUCGUUUCUAUGGCAAGAGUUGGCCAAAGAAUUCCGCUUCUGUGGACGCCUUGGAGUAUUUAAGUGUCCGCCAAUCUUUGGAGGACUUAAGAUAUUUUAUAAAAUAUCAAAAAUCGUCUCAAAAGGAUUUAGUCAGUUCCAAGGUAGUAUUGCUUGGUGCUUCCUAUUCCGGCAGCAUGGUGGCCUGGUUUAUGAAACUCUAUCCGAAUGAGGCGAAUGUGGCUUGGGCUUCCAGUGCCCCUCUGUUAGCAAAAAUGGAUUUUCAUGAAUUCAUGACCUUGACAAUGGAUGUCAUUGAGCACAAAGGCGGCACCGAAUGUUCCGAAAAGUUAGAAAAAGGAUUCCAGGAUCUUCGCCGUAUCCUUCUCAGCUCAUCAGCCUCCAAAGAGCUGCUUUACAAUCUUCAAAUGUGUUCUGAUUUCGAUGUUGACAAUGAAUUGGAUAUUUCGGCUUUCUUUAAUGGCUUAGGAAAUUAUUUCGCUGCCAUGGCCCAGUUGUCAAGUAAAUUUGUGACCCAGUUUUGUCAACAAUUCAUGGAAAACGAUACAACACCCACGGAUGCAUUGGUGCAGCAUAUAAGAGAUGUAUUUUUACCGCACUCCGAAGACGAAACGAAAAGUCAUGGCCAUGGCCAGAUAUGGUGUCUAGAUCUUUCCUAUGAAGGCAUGAAGUCGCUGUUUUCGUCCGAAGAUGAUGACAUUUUUAAUGGCAAUCGCUGUUGGUUUUAUCAAACCUGCAAUGAAUUUGGUUGGUUUGCAACAACAACAUCCACUGAUGUUACAGCUCGCAAUGUAUUUGGUGGCCAAGUUGCCUUAAAGUUUUUCCGCAAUUUAUGCCAGGAUGUAUUUCAACGAACACCACUAUCACCGAACAUGCCAAGUGCUGGUGGCCUUACACUUCAAGAACUCUAUUCCCGCGAACGAAGAACCAACCACAUUUUCGGUGGUCUCACAAACAUUUCACAGAAUGUGAUUUUCACCCAUGGCCGUCUGGAUCCUUGGCGUGCGGUGGGCAUGCAACAUGGCCGCAAUGUCUUGCUCUUGGAAGGUUAUGGCCACGUUGAGGAUUUGGGUUCAAUAAACCUCGAAGAUUCCGUGGCGUUAAAUGUGGCCAAGCUAAAAGUUUCGGCAUUUAUAAAUAAAGCUCUCAGAGAAAGUUAA